CUCGCGAGCUGCCAUAACGCCGAUUCAAGAUGGCGGCCCCCAGUCCUGAUUUACUGUUACCAGCCCGUAGCAGCUCGCCGGAGCCGGCUCUGUCCCCCGCUGCCCCGGAGGAUGGCGGCCAUGGCAGGGUGUGCUCGCUGUGCCUCUCCCGGCCUGGGAUAUACACGUGCCCGCGGUGUAACGGCCCUUACUGCAGCCUGCCCUGUUACCGGGGGCCCAGACACACGGCCUGCUCCGAGGACUUCUACCGGGAGGCCGUGCUCAGCGUGCUGCGGGAGGAGGGGCCCAGCGGGAGACGGGAAAUGGAGGACAUCCUGCUCAGAAUGAAACGGGAGGAGGAAGCAGGACGCCAUUACCGGGGUCUGGGGGAGGCUGGCAUAGGAGGCACUCACAGUGAGGAGGAGGCUGGCAUGGGGAACACUCACACUCACAGUGAGAGAGAGGCUGGCAUGAGGAACACUCACAGUGAGAAGGAGGCUGGCAUGGGGAACACUCACAGUGAGGAGGAGGCUGGCAUGAGGAACACUCACAGUGAGGGAGAGGCUGGCAUGGGGAACACUCACAGUGAGGAGGAGGCUGGCAUGAGGAACACUCACAGUGGGGGAGAGGCUGGCAUAGGAGGCACUCACACUCACAGUGGGGGAGAGGCUGGCAUAGGAGGCACUCACAUUUCCAGUGGGGUGGAGACAGCCAUGUGGAAUAGUCUUUCUGACAGGGAGAAAGAGGACUUCAAAAGACUAUUAAAGAGUGGAGACAUUGGAGCCUUGGUCCCUGAAUGGAUACCAUGGUGGGUGGCCGAGAAAGGGACCUCAGAAAUUAAAAACACAAAGAUUGUGGAGCUUCCAAAUUCAGUGAGUUCUGGUGAUAGAAAAGAUAGAGAUCAUGAAGCUGACUCAAGGAACCACUUGCAAGAAGAAAAUGACCCCAAGUCAGUAACCUCAGAUAGCUUAAUUAAUUCAAGUACUGAAGAAAAAAAGGAGAUUGUAUCAAAAGGAGAAAUGUCUACAUUUGCAACAAGUCACCUAGUGAACAGUGUAGAUCACCAAGAGGGUGAGGAACAAAGGGGGAUUCUUCCUGAUACUAUUAAUAUCCACCAGUACAAAAGCUGUUUAAAAAACAACCUGCAGGAUGUUAAGGAAGAGUGUACUGCAAAUGUUAAGCAGCUUGUACUAAGAAAGCCUAGAGUAAGAAUAAAGGAGGAUUCACCUGAAGAAGUUGCCAACCAGCCUAAAUGCUCUGGUAUUCCACUCCCAUUUAUAUCUAUCCCACCCUUGUCUUCACUCAGCCGAAACCCUUCCCAGUUGGUCCAGUUCAGUGUUGUGAAUGCUCUUUAUGGUUAUGCCUUUUCUCUCCAGCGGCAUAAUGGUGAUUUGAGUGAUGAAGACAUACUCUUGGAUUUCACUGAGACAUUGCUAGGUGUUUCUGCUACACUCAGCUCCAAUGUGGUCUACAAUUCCACAGCCCAUGCUCUGCAGAGUGCUGUGCGUGUUGCAUCAGACCCAUUAUUAAGUGGAGACCAGGUAGGAGCCUGCUCUGCUAUGGAAGCUACAUCAAAAAUCCUUCAAGGAGAUGGCAGCAAGACCUUUCCACUAGCUGCCUUGGCCCAUAUGUCGCGUGUUCUGGGAAAGGCUCGAAAACUAGUGUCCCAGGACAAGCAUUUGCGACAUGUAAUUUUCAAUGCCAAGAAAAAGUGUUUGUUCCUGGCUGCAUGGGCGAAUGAAAAUGAGGACUGUCUUCCAAUGCUAUCGGAAGCUGUCAAAAUAGAGCAUCAACAAUACCGUCAGUAUGUCAAUGGAUUGACUGAGAUAUCAAGGGGAAUUGAAAAAGUGUGGGGUGGAAAAAGACCUCCUGAGAAAAAGUCACUGAUAGAAGAGGUUGGCUCAGAGACAACAUGACAUUAACAAACACACCUAUUAUUUUUUUUUUUUUUUUUUAAUUGAACAUUUUUUCUUUGAGUUAUUUAUUUUACUGUAAUAAAGAUAUGUUCAGACUGCAAUUUACUGCACAAUAUUCUUGGUGAUUAAGAGAACAGUUAAAAGUUCUUCACUCUUGUAUUUUAUUCCAUAAACUCUGAAUUUAUAGAAUUGGUAUUCAGUCCUUUCAGCUACAUAGUUUAUGGGCUUCAACUUAGAGCAGUUAAAGGAC